AUGACUGAUCACGACUCGAAUGUCGCUAUCUUUUGGGAUUACGAGAACUGUACACCUUCAAGUGCAGCCCCAGGGUACGAUGUCGUUGAGAAUAUCCGUCAGAUUGCACACAAAUACGGGAGCGUGAAACUGUUCAAAGCAUACCUCGAGAUAUCCGAGCAGCCGUCGCCAAAUUCAAACCGCUUGCGUUCCGAGCUAGUGUCGUGCGGUGUAUCGCUGACGGACUGCCCUCACAAUGGAAGGAAGGAUGUCGCCGACAAGAUGAUGAUAGGUGGGCUUUUCCAGUUUCUCGCUUGUUGA